CCUCCCCCCCGCGAGCCGGCGCAGUGGUACGACCCGGUAUCGCUCGGCAGCCCCCGCCGCCGCCGCCUUAGUCGGAGCCAGCUGCCGCCGCCGUCGUCCUAGUGUCCCUGAGCGCCCGCUCCUUCGCUCCCGGGGCUAGUGUAUGAGCGAUUCGUCACCCUGAGCCCGCCAUGUCCACGCCGGCCCGGAGGCGCCUCAUGCGGGACUUCAAGAGGCUGCAGGAGGACCCCCCGGCCGGCGUGAGCGGCGCCCCCUCCGAGAACAACAUCAUGGUGUGGAACGCCGUCAUCUUCGGGCCCGAGGGGACUCCCUUUGAGGAUGGAACUUUCAAGCUUACAAUAGAAUUCACAGAAGAAUAUCCAAAUAAGCCACCUACUGUUAGAUUUGUCUCUAAAAUGUUUCAUCCAAAUGUGUAUGCAGAUGGUAGUAUAUGUUUGGAUAUUCUUCAGAAUCGUUGGAGUCCAACCUAUGAUGUUUCUUCUAUCUUAACAUCCAUACAGUCUCUAUUGGAUGAGCCGAAUCCCAACAGUCCAGCGAACAGCCAGGCAGCUCAACUAUACCAAGAGAAUAAGCGGGAAUAUGAAAAACGGGUUUCUGCAAUAGUAGAACAGAGUUGGCGUGAUUGUUGACCCAGGAUGAUGCAAAUGAACACUCUGAGGAAAAAAAUAUAUGAAGUGUCUGAGUCCUCUUCCUCCUCCCAAGCAUCACUGCAUUUACUUUGAACGCAAAAUAGCUGUUGUGCUGUUGCCACCCUCCCCUGCUGAAGCUUCCUUGGACAUCAGAAAGCACCCACUUUGAAGUCAAAUGUACUGUACUUGGGUUACUUGCAAAAGAAUUACUGAUGCUGAAUUCAUUUUCUGUGGUUCCUCUCCAGUCUUAAGGCAGUAUUGUGCAUUUCUGUAGUGUACACUAAGCUUUUAAUUGUAAUUGUGUUUCUACACAGUGAUGCUUAUGUGUAGCUUGAUAAAAGGGAUGUUUAUAUACAUACACAUUUUUUUUAACUGGUAUUACUAAAGUGCUGAUCUGUCCAGGCUGGUCAUUUUACCUCUACUGUUGGUUUAGACUUCACUGCAUUUGUAAGUGCUGCAUGAAGAAUGAUCUUCAUGUCCUAUUCUGACUGGUCUAUCAACUGUUAAACUGGGAAGGAAAUCGUAAGAAAGUUCAAAAGUGGAUUCCAUUUCAACUAAUCAGAUAAUGAAACUGUGGGAUGCUGGCAACUUCUGCACAUAAUGUGCAAGAUAACAUGGAUCACUACAGUUUUGGUACUUUAUUAUGUUGGGUGACAGGCAGAGUAUUCCCCCCCCCCCCUCUUUUUUUUUUUUUGCUUUUAUUUAAAUAGGGUUUUAAAGGACAUAACGAAAGGGAAUAUUGCUGAAGUAGAUGACUUCUGUGUCCUUUCAGUAAGGCAUUGAAUGGACGUAAUGAUGUUGAGCUGUGGUACUUAACUUAAAGGUCUUAUGGAUGAGUUUGCUAGUGAGUGAAAUAUUUUUAAGGGAUAAGAAAGGAAAUAUUAAAAAUAUUGAAGUUGGCUGAAACAGGAAGGACUGUGACCAGGAGUAAUCCCUUCUCCCAGAUUGAACUUUGCCUCUUGGAAAGCUUUGUGUACAGAAGCAUGUGGUGGGUAUUUGAGUGUCUAGGAGGUUCCCGCUCUUCAUAAACUCCUGUGUGGUGUGUGAGAGACUGCUCCAUGCUUCAGUUAAUUUCCCCUCAAUUUUAGGAAAGGUUUUUGGUUCUUUUUCCAGUUUUGAAAAAAAAAAAAAUCUGUAAGUCUCAACUCACAUUUUUGUAAGGCUCAGUUUGUACCUUUUUGGAUACAGUACAUUAAGCAGCAAUGUGGGAUGAAGCCUACAAGCGUGUUGUCCGCUGUUCCAGUGUCUCGUGUGCACAUUGGUCUGCUAGUUGAGAAGUAUACCUUUGCACAAGUAACCCAUGUAAGAAAACUGUACAUUUUUCAAAACUUGUAAAUAAAAGUAACCUUAAAUGCUUAUUGUAUAAUAGGCAA